AUGACGGUAUCCCCCCCGGACACGCGGCUCCAGCCGCUGGACGUCGCCGGCCAAGAGGACGACCCAGAGGACGAGGAGCGGCUGAAUGCCAGGCUGAGAGAGUGUGACCAGAGACUGACAGAGGUGCGUAAUGAGUACCUUCUGACCCUGUCUGCCAUCAACUCCCAUCACCAGUACUACUACACUGCAGAGCUGCCUGCCAUCAUGAGGCAACAGAGCUCCAGUGCUGAGGGGGAGAGCUGUUUGGACAAGGAGGCCUGCAAGUGGUCCUCUAAGGCUGCCAAAGACUACAAGAUCAUCACCCACGGAGAGAGGGCCCUGCAGAUGCUGGAGAGGCGCUUUAAAAUGCUGUCAGGAGACACAACAGUCAGCGUGGAGCAGAAGAUGGUGGAGGUGAAGGAGAGUGUGAGGAAAGCACAGGUUAGCCAGGUGAAGGCGGAGUCCAGGCUGGCGAGCAGCGCCAUGACCCAGGCAGAUGAGGAGCUGGAGAGGGACAGGAGGCUGAGCGAGGCACACAUGUCCAACGGAGACAUUUCCGAGGACGAGUUUGAGUUUACAGACUUCGACGACUAUGAUAAAGAUGGUGACACUUUCAUUGAUUCAACUUCGUGCUCGAUGCUGUGCGGAUACCCCUUGGCUUGCAGGGUUCUCUACAGCUAUCAGGCCUGCCAAGGAGACGAGCUGUCAAUCACAGAGGGGGAGGAGCUUCAGGUGAUAGAGGAUGGAGACAUGGAGGACUGGCUGAAGGUAACAGGUGACAGGUUUCUCUCUGGCUGCGCCCCAGAUGGCAGCCAAUUCCCUAUAUACAGUCUGGCGUGGGCACUGUAUGAGUACCAGGACCAGGGUGCAGAGGAGCUGACCUUCCCAGAAGGGGCGCUCAUCAGUCUGCUGCGCUGCCGCCAGGGAGAGGUGGAUGACGGCUUCUGGGAGGGAGAGCUGGAUGGACAUGUGGGGGUCUUCCCUUCUCUGGUGGUGGAGCUGCUGCGAUACCCGAGAGAUCUGGUUAACCCUCUGAAAGACAUGUUGUCAUCAAAUGUACCUUUGAUUAAAGCAUACAGGGAUUGA